GACAGAGUUAAUUAAGAUGAUUUACUUUAUUGUAGAUCAUUCCACAUUCCAAUACAGUAGGUGGCGCUAAUGCACCGGUAAUGCUGGUUGCCACCCGCAGUAAAAACCUAAAAAGAAGAUGAAGACCCGGGGUUUUUCAAUCAGGUUCGUGUAAAAUUGUCCUGGACCAAAGCAAAACAAACACUCGACACACACACAUAUUUGUUUUAGAGUGGAGUCCCGUGAUGUCCUCAUCAUGGACUGGGACCAGCUGGAGCACCCGAGGAUCAUCUCUGCGGUACGGAGAGCUGGUGUGUCUGUCCGGGAGGUGCUGUGUGUUUCUGCUCCGGAUCUGCAGCGGCUCUCGGGUCUGUCCCGCUCCGACACCCAGCUGCUGCUCACCGCCUCCGCCGUCGCCUGCCGCCGACACCCUCCCCUCACCGCCCUCCUGAGCCGCGGGUUUGACUCCAACCUCAAACUCAGCGUGGGCUGCCCCAUAUUGGACGAGCUGCUGAGGGGGGGUCUCCCUGUGGAGGGGGUCACCGAACUGUCCGGAGAGAGUGGAGCGGGGAAGACUCAGCUGGCUCUGCAGAUCUGUCUGUCUGUGCAGUACCCCACCCAGUACGGAGGUCUUAACGCAGGAGCCGUGUUUAUCUGCACCGAGGACUCGUUCCCCGUCCGGCGACUGCAGCAGCUGAUCCAGGGUCAGUCCUGUCUGCGCAGCGACGUCCCUCCGUCGCUCAUAAGCAGCCUGAACUUCAGCGACAGGGUUUACAUCGAGCACGCCGCAGACCUGGCCUCUCUGCAGGUGUGUGUGUCCCGACGCGUGCCACUGAUGCUGGCUCGCGGACUAGUGCGUCUUGUGGUCGUGGACUCCGUGGCAGCACUGUUCAGGUCGGACUUCCUGGAUUCUGAUUGGCUGGAGAGGAACAAACAGCUGCUCACCUUCUCCUCCGCCCUGCACCACCUUAGCCGGGAGUACAGCACACCUGUGCUCUGCAUCAACCAGGUGACUGAUGUUUUCAGCAGCUCGGACAGUUUGUGCCCACAGUCAAACAUCGGGACCCCCACCGUUGCUCCCGCUCUCGGGUUGGCCUGGGCCAAUCAGGUGAUGGUCCGGCUGAUGAUGUGGCGUCUCCAGGGAACGGUGUCCCGUGGCGACCAGAGCAGCAUCCCCCGCAGGCUGCAGGUGGUGUUCGCUCCUCAUCUGGCCAGGGGGGCCGGGGGGGCCGCCGUGUGGAGGGAGGGUGUACGGGGCCUCACAGAAACCUCAUAAAAUUGUUCAUAAAAGUAUAAAUAAGAACUCCCCCUGAUACACCUGUACACAUCAACAGGUGUCACUGCCAUUGUUGCCUUGUUCUUAUGUAACAUAUUGCUCACCUCUUUGCGGCAUUCUUGUGGUGGUUAACAAUUCUGUGAUUCAGCCUGUGUGAAUAUUACUUAAGAGACGGAUGAUGUAGUUGGCACGCUUAAAGACAGUGAAAAUGAAAGACCUUGGGUGUGUCAAGCAAAAGACUAUUUAUUUUGCAGUAAACCGAUACCAUCUGUGCAGACAUUUGUUUGAGUUUCUCUUUGAAGGACAGUAUAUUUUAAACCAUUUUUCCUGUAUUGCUUUUGUAUAUAAUUUAUUCCAUAUGAUAUAUUACAUACUUUAAUGUAAUUUCAAGUUUCUAAAGUUUUGAAUAUUUGAUUGUUACAUCAUACCAGAGACUAUACAUAGUGGUAUUUAUAUUUAUACAUACACUGAUGGUUUUCAGUUUAGCCAAUGGCAGUAUAAAACACUGUUGGAGUCCUAUCAAACCAGCAGAAACAAUCAGCAAAUGUAUGUAUAUUACACACAGCUUGUAAUCUGGAAUUCCAACAAGGAUUACUUUAUACUGUACCAGAGUUUGCAUUAUUGUAUCCUACGUUAUCAGAACAUUUACAGUUUACAUUACUAAGGUUGAGUAAAUAUUUGACAUUAAGCAAAAGUAUUCUCUUAUUUUAACGAAUGUGAUCUGCCAGUAAACAUUUUGUUAAAGAAAUAAAAAGAUUCAGAACUGAAUUUAAUAUUUUAUUGGCAUAUACACAGUUUUUUACAACAGGAAAUUAAUGAAAUAUUUCAACUUCAGUGAUGACCAUGGGUCUCAGGGAGAUCUGGAACAACUUCACCCGUCUCCAGGAUGGUGUCACCCUUAGCACAAAAGCAGGGACCAUUUUUUAUUAGCAAUUAGCAUCCUAAUUGUGUUUGCAUUUAAACAAUCAGAUCAGACUAUCUCUGGUAAAGCAGGCAUGCAGAUACAUCCUAAUCACACUCACAAUAAUUAUAUUAAUUAUACAAUUAUAGUGAUUAGAGGAACACGAACGACACAAUUGUUUCAUUUAUAAAUGAGUCAUACUUACAGGGAACAGCCUGGGUUUCAACUCCACAAUACCAUAUGGCCUUGGCUGCGGGAACAAGAACAUUGUUUUUAUUGCUCUUUCAACACCUGCAUGUGUAAGUAUGUGUUGUGCUGUAUAGUGUCCUUGUUUGUCAUAAAAAAAAGACAUGGAUAAAGCUAAUGCAGCAAACUAGUCAUUUAAAAGUGCUCCUACUUAUACAAGUAACCCUAAAUGUAUGCUACCUUAAGGGUAGUGAAAGUCUACUGCCAGUAUGGGAAGUUACUUUUUAAAUGCAAUAGGUUACAGGACACAAAUACAUCUAUGUUAACUACUUCUAAGUAAUGUUGAUUACCGUAAAUCAAAUGUUUUAAACCGGACGAUAAAAGCCCUAAAAACAUUAAAUCAAAAAAGGCAGUUUUAACAACUUGUUUGUUUACUAAUAUCACAAAUAAAGCGUAUUGACUCACGGAAAUGUGGUAUUUCACAGCGUAGUGAACAAGCCAAGCAGGAAUCAACAGUCGUGUGAUGGCGAAAACUCCACCUGUGUAUGCUUUGUAGGUCUGUAAGGAGAUAGGGAUGAGAGAAAAGUUGUUUUACAUACAAAAAGCAUACAGCACGAACUACAGUGUUUAUUUCAUCUGCCCUAAACAGGUCAUGCAUAUGUACUCGGACCUUUAGUAGUAAAAAAUAGUAAUAUCAAAAUAUAGAAAUACAAUUAAAAGUCCUGGAUUCAAAAUGUAUCUACAUCACGGGCUUAGAGUGAAAUAAAAUAUACUUUAUGGAUGUAUAUAUUUAUUGAUGCAUUCAUGUGGUAAGAAGGAGCUUAUCACUGUGAAGUUUG